AUGCAAAUCCUAUAUUCCCCGACCGCGUGGGCCUUCAAAGUCAGCACGGCGGCGGCGUUGAGCAUGCUCACCUGGAACUGGAGUUUCCGCUUCUCGGAAGAGUCGAUUGUCCCCGUUCAGACGCAAUUGCAGACUCGUGUCACCGCCGACGACAUUUUCUUGUUCUCCCCGAAAUUCUCGUGCGGCGGAGGCCCGUUCAGCAACACCAUGGCGUCGUUGGUCAGUUUCCCCUGCGAUGUGGAGGAGAGUAAGUGGAUUAGAGAGAAAUUUGUGCCGCUUGUGCUCGUAUAAAGCCUCGGUGUGGAGAUAUUAGUCUGUCGGGAAAAUCAUGUGGAUUUGUCGCGCUUUGGGAGUCGCCCAUCAUUGCGUUUCGACGGCUAGCUGCGACAAGAAAUUUGGUGCGCCUACGACCAGGCAAGACAUUUUGCUGCGACAAAUCCGCAUUAUUUUCCCGACAGACUGAUAUUACUUGCGACGAAAAGUCUUGAUACUAGCAUUUUCAUAAAGUACGUAGACAUUUGCACCGUGAAAAUAACAUUUUUGUGCACAGUGCGGCACACGAAAAAAGUCUACGCACUUUAUGAAAAUGCUGCUGCUUUGCACAGUGCAUUUUGGCCCAAAAACGCCAUUUUGCACUGUGCGCUUUGGAUUUCUUGGACACGCACUGUGCAAAACCAAAAGUUCACUUUGCACUGUGCAAACCUCUUUUUUGGGAUUUCGCGACAAAAAAACUUUUUUUGCACAGUGCGAACGCCAAAAGUUAGUCCGAAGCGUCGCUGGAGUGAUUUCGGCGACAUGCACUGUGCAAUUUCUUGUUUUUCGCACCGUGAAAUUGGCUUUUUCAGGUUGUCGCUCGCAUCCUGACUUUUCCGCACAGUGCAUUUGGAAUUUUUUCCCACGCUUGUCGCUCCUUUUGCACGGUGCAAAACUGGGUGACCUGCACUGUCGGAAAAGAAAGUUUGCUUUGCACUGUGCAAUUUCCUGCUUUUUGCACCGUGCAAAUGACUUUUUUGGGAUGUCGCUCGCACCCUGACUUUUUUCGCACAGUGCAAACGCCAAGAGUUACUCCGACGACUUUCCGGACGAACUGUUAUCGGUCUGUCGGGAAAAUAACGGCGGAUCGUCGCGCCUCGGAAUCGCUCAUCAUCGCUUUGCGACUGCAAGCCGCGACUUGGGAUUUGGUACGCGAUAGCGGCGAGGCGAGACAUUUUGCUGCGACGAUCCGCCGUUAUUUUUCCGACAGACUGUUACUAGUCCUUCCGUAAAGUCGCUGGAAUGAUUUCGGCGACGCGCACGGUGCAAGAAAACUCAGGGUGCGAGCGACGUCCCAAAAAGCUCAUUGCACUGUGCAAAAAGCCAAAAAUUGCACAGUGCAAAGUGAACUUUCGGUUUCGCGGGGUGCAUGUCGCCGAAAACAUUCCAGCGACUUUACGGACGGACUAGUAUCAGCUACACCAUUGUUCCCACUAAUUUUUAACCCUCCUCUUUCAGUCCACACCUGCUGCCUAAAACACGACAAGUGCUAUGAUGACAAGACGGACCAAACCACUUGCGACAACAUGUUCUGCAACUGUCUGGCCGAGCUCCCGUGGCAGGGCUCGUUUUGCGAAGUCGCGGCGCACAAAGGCCUCUGUCUGGCGACACACGUCUUCGGUCAUUUGUUCUACGAGCCACAUGAGAACAGUACUACUGUAGAUUCCAGUCACUUACUCAAUUAG